AUGCUCAACAAGUACACAGUAAUGAAUUGUGAUGGCUGGCUAUCCAGAGGGCCACGCAAGGGGUAUGGCAAGAGCCUUUAUUCAUGCGGAAGUGCUAAACGUUUGGAGCUGGGUGCAGUGAAAUACACUCUCAAUAAUGGUACUUAUGACCUGACCAUCAGAUCCUCCACUCUCACCAAAUCGUACCUUAUGUUACUCUCACAGGCCUGCUUCACCACCAAUGCACAACACGCACGAUACUCCAUGGAUUUUCUUUUGCUGGGGCCAAUCAAGAAUGAGGGCACCAGGCUACGUGGCUUCGUUCUAGAUGCUCAAGGAUUCCUUCCAAAGAAGGCAAUGUUAUCGAUGGUGCUGUGA